UGGAGGCAGCUAGCGCGAGGCUGUGGAGCGCUGAGCCGCGCGUCGUGCCCUGCGCUGCCCAGACUAGCGAACAAUACAGUCAAGAUGGCUAAAGGUGAUCCCAAGAAACCAAAGGGCAAGAUGUCUGCUUAUGCCUUCUUUGUGCAGACAUGCAGAGAGGAACAUAAGAAGAAAAACCCUGAGGUUCCUGUCAAUUUUAAAGAGUUUUCCAAGAAGUGCUCUGAGAGGUGGAAGACGAUGUCUGGGAAAAAGAAGUCUAAAUUUGAUGAAAUGGCAAAAGCAGAUAAAGUGCGCUAUGAUCGGGAAAUGAAGGAUUACGGACCAGCUGAGGGAGGCAAGAAGAAGAAGGACCCUAACGCCCCCAAGAGGCCACCGUCUGGAUUUUUCCUGUUCUUUUCCGAAUUCCGCCCCAAGAUCAAAUCUACAAACCCUGGCAUCUCUAUUGGAGAUGUGACAAAGAAGCUGGGCGAGAUGUGGAAUAACUUAAGUGACAGCGAGAAGCAGCCAUACAUCAACAAGGCAGCAAAGCUGAAGGAGAAGUAUGAGAAGGAUGUCGCAGACUAUAAGUCUAAAGGGAAGUUUGAUGGUGCCAAGGGUCCUGCUAAAGUUGCCCGGAAAAAGGUGGAAGAGGAAGAUGAAGACGACAAGGAGGACGAGGAGGAGCAGGAGGAGGAGGAGGAGGAUAAAUAA